AUGCUCGUCGAACACGCUGCCGACGGUCUUCUGGCGUACUCGGUGCACCCUGGCGGCAUCAUGACUCGACUAGCAGAGGCCAUGCACCAAGACACACAUUCCGCCUUGACCGACAACCCGGCAUUGACGGGAGACACGAUAGCCUUCUUGACGCACGAACGUAGGCCCUGGCUGGCUGGCCGCUACCUCAGCUGCACCCGGGACAUGGAAGAGCUUCUGGCCCGCGAAGACGAGAUCUCAGGAUCCGAGAAGCUCAAGGUGAGACUGGUGCUAUGA